AUGGCACGGGACAUGUCAGAUAAGGAUCUCCUCAAGAUGGAGCUGGACCAGCUAAAGAAGGAGGUGAAGACUGAGCGACAGAAGGUCUCAGUUACAGCCCAAGAGCUAAUGGAAUGGGUUGACAGUCAGUCUGGUGAUGACCCCCUGAUCAAAGGUGUCUCAGAGGAGGCAAACCCCUACAAGCCUGAGAAGGGAGGCUGCAUAAUAACUUAG